AGAACACCGAACGAAGGAUUCGAGUUGGGAUCCUACAGCGGCCAGCCGUUUUCUCGGCCUGUGUGGGUCAUUUUUUUGUCAGCACCUUGGAGUCCCUAGAGUAGCUAGCAUGCCUCUCAUGCUUUUCAAUCCGAUCGAACGGAGGUAACGAUGGCCACUGAUGGCGGUGGCUCCUCGCAUGACCUGGUGGUCAGCACCUGGAUAAUGUACAGCAUUGCGAUGCUGCUGUUCUUCGUGCGGAUAUAUGGACGAUGGUUGAGAAUGCGCUGGGUGUUCCAGGUGGAAGAUUACCUUAUGCUUGCGGCCGUGGGGUUCUAUACAGCAUUUGCUGUCACCAACAUCCAGAUAGCAGAGGGAGGAGGAAGUAAUCUAUACGAGCCUGGACAAUAUGAAACCUUUACCGCUGCGGAGAUUGCGGCGAGGGUCAAAGGUUCCAAGAUCGAGUUCGCUUCAGAAAAUUGCCAGCUUUGCACCAUAUACCUACUAAAGGCUUGUAUGCUGAUGGUCUAUUUCCGACUCACGAAAAAUCUAUGGCAGAACCGAGUGGUCAUAAUCUGUGGUAUAUACACGUUAUGCGGCUGGAUCGUCUCCGAGCUCGUGCUGUUCCUCGACUGCAAGCCUUAUCUCACAGGGCAUUGGACCCUGCCUCCCCCAGAAAGCGAGUGUGCCACUUAUAGAAUCUACGAGAUCACCCAGGCAAUUUUCAACAUUUCUUCGGAUGUCAUGAUUCUCUCUGUCGUGUUGCCAAUGUUCAUGCGCGCGCAAAUGGCAUGGAAGACCAAACUGCCAGUGAUCAUUGUAUUUUCGAUGGGCCUCGUGGUUCUUGCAUGCGCUAUUACUUCCAAAUACUUCACCUUCAAAAAUAUCUAUGACAACAGCUAUCAGUUCUGGUACCUCCGCGAAGCCUCCAUCGGCAUGUACGUGACGAACCUACCAUUUGUGUGGUCUCUGGCGAGAUCGACGAUUUCCUUUCUGAAAUCCAGUAAUUACGCCGGUCAGGGAAAGUACAACGACCCCCGAUACGGAACAGGUCCGCAAACAAAUGAUACUCGUGCCAAAACUGGAAACGCGACGCGAUCCAGUCGACAUUUCAACACCAUCUACGACUCCCGCAUUGGACGCACAGAGAUACUGUCACCAUCGGAGAGCGAGGAGAAUAUCAUCGAGAUGGGAGGAAUGGAUCGGAGUACGACAAAAUCCGCCGCAUCAUCCCAGGAGAGUGAGAUCCGGCAAUGGCCGCAGCCAGAGAGUCAUGAAGACAACUACAUUCGCGCAACUACAGAGAUUAUUAUUCGAAAAGAUUGAAUGAUCUUUCGCUAGAGGCGUCACCGUCAUGAUCGAGAUGAGGCUGUCA